CGUCGUUCUUCUAAAGUGGCGCGUGAAUUGGCAAAUUGUUUAAAGUCGACUCAAAAUUAUACAUUAAAUCCAUAUGAUGGAAGGAAAAACUAUUGUCAGCAGACAGGAGCCGGUGCUGCAUUUAGACACAAAUGCACGACGCAAUUUCAUUAAGUUCUACAACAAGUUGGGCGAGAAACCCAGUUCGACGGUACGCUUUUACGAUCACACUGAUUGUUACACUGUGCACGGCGGCGAUGACUGUGAACAGGUGGCCAAAAUUGUGUACAAAUCCAUGGCAUAUGUGCAUCCCCUGCUGAAGGAAGAUAAAAAGGAGACGCUGCAGUAUGUGGCGAUGUCCAAAUCGAAUUUUGAGUUGGCCGUACGCGAUCUGCUGCUAGUGCGUAAUCUGCGCGUCGAGGUUUAUGUGAAACGCGAGGAAUGGCAGCUGGAAUAUCGUGGUUCGCCGGGCAACCUCCUGCAGUUUGAGGACAUUUUGUUCGCGAACAAGGAGGUCCUGGUAGGCAACAGCAUCAUCUCGCUGCAGGUGAAGCUGGAGGGCGGUACAAUGCGACGCGUGGGCGUUGCAGCCGUCGAGCAAAAUGAUUGCACAUUUCAGCUGCUCGAAUUUGUCGACGAUGAUUUCUUUACGGAGCUGGAGGCCACCGUGGUGCUGCUUGGUCCCAAGGAGUGUCUGCUGCCGUCAGCCGAUGGUGAAUAUACAGCUGUUAAGGCGCUGCUGGAGCGCAAUGGCGUGAUGAUCACCCUGCCCAAGCGAAGCAGUGCUGCCGAGCGCAAUGAUUUGUUGCAGGAUCUAAAUCGCCUGCUGCGCUUUGCCAAGGGUCAGCAGGAGGAUGCCAAUGGGCUGAAGGAGCUGCAAAUGCAGCUAGCCGCCGAGGCACUGCGCGUGGCCAUAAAAUAUUUGGAUUUGGUCAAUGAUGCCGGCAAUUUGGGGCACUACGAAAUGAGGCAGUUGGAUCUAAAGCGUUUUGUGCACUUGGACUCUGCUGCUGUGGCCGCUUUAAACAUUAUGCCCAAGCCGGGCACGCAUCCAACGAUGCCCUCGUAUCGCUGGCAGAGCAUACUGGGUGUGUUGGAUCAUUGCCGUACGCCGCAGGGUCAUCGACUCAUGUCGCAGUGGGUGAAGCAGCCGCUGCGCAGCUUGGACAUACUCAAUGAUCGUCACAAUAUUGUGCAGUGCUUGCUGGAGGCGCCCGAGACGCUGGACACUCUCAGCCUGGACUUUCUGAAGCGUAUACCAGAUAUUCUAAUGCUCACCAAGAAACUGAUGCGUCGCAAGGCCAGUCUACAGGAUCUGUUCCGCGUCUACCAGGUCAUCUUGCGCACGCCGAAGAUUCUGCAACUGCUGUUGGAUUUGGAACAUAGCACAGUGCAGAGCGUUCUAUGUGCGCCGAUUAAGAGCUUCCUAGAGGAUCUAACUGGCCUUAAGCAGAUGGUCGAACAAGUCGUAGACUUUGAGGCUAUUGAAAAGGGCGAAUAUUUGGUCAAGGGCUCCUUCGACAGCCGCCUCAUGGAGCUGCAGCAGACCAUGACGGAGCUGUACAGCAAAAUGGAGCGGCUGCAGCGCAAGUGUUGCGAUGAGCUUGAUCUGGAUAGUAAGCUGAUAAAGUUGGAGAAUGUGGCCAAGUUGGGCUAUCAUUUUCGUACCACACUCAAAGAUGAUUCGGUUUUGCGCAAGAAUAAAAACUAUCGCAUUGUGGAUGUAAUCAAAGGCGGCGUUCGCUUCACCUCCGACAAACUGGAGAGCUAUGCGGAUGAGUUUGCCAGCUGUCGCACACGCUACGAGGAGCAGCAACAGUCCAUUGUCGAUGAAAUUAUCCAGGUGGCUGUCGGCUAUGCAGCGCCGCUGACCUCGCUUAACAAUGAGCUCGCCCAGCUGGAUUGUUUGGUCAGUUUUGCAACAGCUGCGCGUUGCGCUCCGACGCCCUAUGUGCGCCCCAAGAUGCUGCCCGAGGGCGCUGGUCAGCUGCUGCUCGAGGAUGUGCGUCAUCCGUGCCUGGAACUGCAGGAGCAUGUCAGCUUUAUAGCCAACAGCGUAGCUUUUGAAAAAGAUAAAUGUAAUAUGUUUAUUAUAACUGGUCCAAAUAUGGGCGGAAAGAGCACAUAUAUACGCUCUGUGGGCACAGCUGUCCUAAUGGCCCAUGUCGGGGCUUUUGUGCCCUGCAGCGUGGCCACAAUUAGCAUGGUGGAUUCGAUACUGGGACGCGUAGGUGCCAGUGAUAAUAUUAUCAAAGGUCUAAGCACGUUUAUGGUGGAAAUGAUUGAAACUUCGGGCAUUAUAAGGACAGCUACGGAUAAAUCACUGGUCAUCAUCGAUGAGUUGGGACGUGGCACAUCUACCUAUGAGGGUUGUGGCAUUGCCUGGUCCAUAGCCGAGCAUCUGGCAAAAGAAACAAAAUGCUUUACACUGUUUGCUACGCAUUUCCAUGAGAUAACCAAACUGGCCGAAACGCUGCCAACGGUUAAAAACUGUCAUAUGGCCGCCGUGGCCGAUAAGGAUAACUUUACGCUGUUGUAUCAGGUGCGAGCUGGCGUCAUGGAGAAGAGUUUUGGCAUACAGGUGGCACGUCUGGCUAACUUUCCGGAGCAUGUGGUGCAAAAUGCCCAGGAAGUGUACAAUGAGUUCGAGGACGAGCAUGCUGGCAAGCAGAGUCAAGAGGACAAAGCGCUGCUGGACAAGAUACAAGUGGCCAUAGAGCAGCUAUCAACAGCUGGCAAUAACACCGACAUCAAUGUGGAGGAUCUCACACAACUUGUGGCCCAAUUUGCCAAGGAUAUUAAACAACUGGACAGCGAUUAUUUUAAGGCGGUGCUGACCACUAGCGAGUCUUAAGUCUGGACUUGUUUUGAUAUUUCAUAAUUCUGUUAGGGCUCCUGUAAAAUAUCAUAUAGAAUAAUAAUGUAACAAUCUUCCACAUGCCAUCCAUCAAGAGUCUAUCGUUUAUUAUUUAAA